ACGACGAUCUCAUCUGUCAAAAUUGUUUCCAUUUUUCUAAUGCAUGUAUUGUUUGGAUAAAUACAAACAAAAAUGUUUAAUCCGGUUAUAAAUCCGUAAUGUUGACUUAUUUUUAGUUUCCGUUGUCAUUUGUUUUUGUGGUGAUUGUGUUUUGUGUAAAAUAUCAUGUGAAAAUCGUGUCGAAACUUCGGAUCGUCGAGUGGAUUACUUUGCGCGGAGAAAACCCACAUCUUCCAGAUGCUGCCUUCUAUGCCAAUUUUGUUCACCAGGGACAGUCAGGAUGCUUUCGGUAACAAGAUUGAGCCAAGUACAAGCUUCUUCAACCAAAAUCCGCUUGAAAAACCAGUAAUUAACACAGAGCCGUUUCCUUCCAAGGUCGCAGUUGCAGAAGAGUCAACAAAACUCUGUGAGAGAGAGAUAAAAGAGAAAUCAAAUGACAAGAAAAAGGACCAAGGUAGUGAUGAAAAGCCUAAACCUAAUGAGAAUGCCCUAGAGACAGCUUUAGUCAGAUCCUAUUACACAAAAGUACAAUCUAGGUUUUCCUCACAUCCGACAGUGCCUACAAACAAAUUUGCACAAUUUCAAGGCAUUUUGAAAACUUUUGACCCCUCUAAAGAGUCACCUGUAGAUUUAUAUAGAAAGAUUGAGAAAUUAUUUGGAGAAGAGCAUAAGGAUAUUGCUGAAGAGUUUCUGCUGUUCUUGAAGCCUGGUCAGGCAGCUGAAGUCGGGAGGUUUAUGGAUCAUUUCAUGUUGGUUCAAAUGACCAGUUUCAUAGAAUUACUUCAGACGACAUUCGCUCGGAAGCCUACAGUUCUAAGGAAAGUUUUAAGAGCACUGACGACGGGAAUCAAUACUGGCAGCUGUCAAGAGAUGAAGAACCGAGUUUUACCGCAUUUGCGUUCUAACCCGCGGCUCAGUCAGAUGUUUAAGUCACUCUUCCCAGACGAAAGGCCACCAGAUAGUUUAUAUGAGAAGGGAGUGGACAUGUUGAACGAAAGUUGUUUGACGAAUGACAAAGGAUACGAUGUGUGGGAGUUUGAGGAGGCUGACAGUAAGCGGAACUUGGAGGUCAAACAGGGCACAGAUACUAUGUAUAUUCACGGGCGAGUCUUCCUCCAGCACGGCAGGUUACUGCGAACUGCGCGUGUCACAUACCCGUACAGCAAGGAGCCCUAUCGGGUGCACGCUCGCCGACUAGCCCCCACCCCCUGGGACCUCUCACCCCCCGAGUCCGACGACGAGCGAGCCUCGCCCAAACGUCACAAAAAUACCCCCAAAAUCCCACCGAAAAAACCCAAAAAGCAACUCAAAUCCCCAACCAAAAACGCAAAAGACGUAAACGACAAUACGAAUAAGGAAUGCGUAACAAACAGCCCAAAAACAGUGAAAAAGCAAAAUAUCAAAACUAAGAUUUGUAAGGAUAAAAAGGAAGAUUUAAAAUUAGAGAUACAGAAAAAGGAAAAGAAAGAGAGAACUGACGCUAAAAGUAUUAGUAUUAUCAAGAAAGAAGAUGUGAAGUUAAAACAGGCGAAAGUUGAAGCUUCCAAUAUAGAGAUAAACAAGCCUGAAGUCAAAGGGAACUGGACGAGGGAUGAAGAUAAGACGAUGUUGCAAGUGCUGAAAGGAGAGGCGGGCUCAGAACAAGUGUUUGGAAGGAUCAGUGAGUUGCUCCCACACAGGUCGGUGACGGAAAUCAAAGAGAGAUUCUGUCACGUCAUGAAUCUUCUACAGCAAAUGGCAGUAGGUGAAGUUACAUAGUGUAAGUUGGACUGAAUUUUAAAUGUAAGCGAAACUGGUAUUUAUAAUUUUUUAAAAUAAAAUAUUUGAAUUUUUAA